UGGGGUGACAUUGCUAAAGAGUUUUACUGGAAGAGUCAGCACACGGGACCCUUUCUGAAGUACAAUUUUGAUGUGACGAAGGGGAAGAUCUUCAUUGAGUGGAUGAAAGGGGCGACCACCAACAUCUGCUACAACCUGCUGGACAGAAAUGUCAAUGAGAAGAAACUUGGGGACAAAAUUGCUUUUUACUGGGAAGGGAAUGAACCUGGAGAUUCUGCAAAAAUCACAUACAGCGAGUUGCUGCACAAAGUCUGUCAGUUUGCCAAUGUCCUCCGCAGCCAAGGCGUGAAAAAAGGAGACCAAAUUUCCAUCUACAUGCCAAUGAUCCUGGAGCUGGUUGUAGCCAUGCUUGCCUGUGCCAGGAUUGGAGCUCUGCACUCCAUUGUGUUUGCAGGUUUCUCAGCAGACUCUCUUUGUGAGCGGAUUCUUGACUGUGGUUGUUCUCUCCUCAUCACGGCAGAUGCCUUUUAUCGAGGGGACAAGCUGAUCAACUUGAAGCAGAUUGCAGAUGAAGCCCUCCAGAAGUGUAAAGACAAGGGUUCUCCUUUGAAAAAGUGCAUCGUGGUGAAACACCUGGGAAGGGAAGAGAUAGUGGUGGAUGGAACAUGCAGCAAGUCUCCCCCUCUCAAAAGGCUGUGCCAGGAUGUACAGGAAAAAAAGACUGAGAGCUCACAGAGACUCCAUCCCAAGACCCCCUGGAACCCAGCCAUGGACAUGUGGUGGCAUGAGCUGGUGGGCAGUGCCAGCACGGAGUGUGAGCCUGAGUGGUGCGACUCGGAGGACGAACUCUUCAUCCUCUACACAAGUGGUUCCACUGGGAAACCCAAGGGUGUGCUGCAUACGGUGGGUGGAUACAUGCUUUUUGCUGCCACCUCAUUUAAAUACGUGUUUGAUUACCAACCUGAGGAUGUCUACUGGUGCACAGCCGACAUUGGAUGGAUAACGGGCCAUUCCUACCUCACUUACGGACCCUUGGCAAACGGGGCAACUAGUGUGUUAUUUGAAGGUGUCCCCACCUACCCAGACAUCGGGCGAAUGUGGAGCAUUGUCGACAAGUACAAGGUGACCAAGUUCUACACGGCACCCACAGCUAUCCGGCUGCUGAUGAAGCACGGGGAAGAGCCCGUCAGAAAGCACAGCAGGAAGUCUCUGAAGGUGCUGGGGAGCGUCGGGGAGCCCAUCAACCCUGAAGCCUGGCUGUGGUACUACCGCGUGGUGGGAGAAGAGAGGUGUCCCAUUGUGGACACGUUCUGGCAGACGGAGACAGGUGGCCACAUGCUGACACCCCUCCCUGCUGCCACUCCCAUGAAGCCAGGCUCUGCCACAUUUCCCUUCUUCGGUGUGGUCCCUGCCAUCUUGAACGAGUCGGGGGAAGAGCUGGAAGGAGAAGCAGAAGGCUACCUGGUAUUUAAGCAGCCCUGGCCAGGAAUAAUGCGCACACUGUAUGGAAACCACCAGCAAUUUGAAACCACAUACUUCAAGAAGUUCCCUGGGUACUAUGUGACAGGCGACGGUUGCAGGAGAGAUAAAGAUGGUUAUUACUGGAUCACAGGGCGAAUUGAUGACAUGUUGAAUGUUUCUGGCCACUUGCUGAGCACCGCAGAGGUGGAGUCGGCCUUGCUUGAGCACGCUGCCGUCUCGGAGGCUGCGGUGGUCAGCCACCCACACCCCCUGAAAGGCGAGUGCCUCUACUGCUUCGUGACCCUGAGAGAUGGCCACGAGUUCACCAAGAACCUGACGGAUGAGCUGAAAAAACAAGUACGAGAAAAAAUUGGACCGAUAGCAACGCCUGAUUACAUCCAGUAUGCCCCUAGCCUGCCCAAAACCCGCUCAGGAAAGAUUACCAGACGGAUAUUAAGGAAGAUUGCGAAAAAUGACCAAGAUGUGGGGGACAUCUCUACCUUGGCAAACCCGGGCAUCAUAAAACAUCUUUUCAACAGCAGAUGUGAUACUAAACAGUAGCAGCAUGACGUGUCCCUGCUGACCAGAACUGUAGCAGGAGCAAUGUCCUGAUGAGCAGGUCCCUUGAAUAACCGCUGUCCACUCUGGGAAGGAAACCUUCACCUGUUGAAUUGAAUGUAUGGACAUUAUGAACGAGGGAAAGGCUGGCUCUGGAGAGGCUGCGUCUCCCUAGCGUGUCCGUGCCUUGGAGGAGUGUGUGCAUCGUGUUUCAGAUGGGUAUCGUACGUCUGAGGUUCAGCCUUGUGCA